AUGUACUACAGUAAAAAACGAAACCGAUUGAAAAUGGCCGACUCUGACCGCGUUGUAUACCCCGAUGAAGUGGAAGAAGUGAAGGAGCCUGUAAUAAAAGCUAAGACUGUUGAAGCUAGCGAAGCAGUCCCCGAAACUCCGCAGGUCAUGGGGAACCAGAUACGGAACAUGAUUUCGGUGCCAUCCAACUGUCCGCCCGGCUUCAAAAUGGGCGCCGACGGAGUUUGUCGAGAGGUUUUCGAU